AUGUCUCCUCUCAACCACGUGAUAAAAAAGCUUAUUUUCAACUCGCUUGUCACAUCUAUCACACGUGUUCUUGCAUAUCAGAGACAUCAUAGCAGCAGGGAGCUUGGCAGGCGAAUUUUUUUGAAGUCAGAAGAAAAUUCUUCCGCGCUAACCUCGCCACGACCGUAUAACAGCACAGAACGCGAAGAAAUGCAUGGCGACGACAGAAUGCUGCUCUCCGAUCGAAGAACGGUACGAAAUAAGAGAAUCCCGGCACCUCUACCACAAAUUUUAAACCCCUUGGGGUUUGACAAUCCGAUCGGUGUAUGUCACCCUCAACUGCCGCGGCAUAGCCAGAAUUAUGCAAAAUUGCUGGGGUCGAUGGACCAAGGAGCUGUCGCGAAGAAAGACCCAGCUAUGGAGAACGACUCCGACAGAAUCAAGCGUCCUAUGAACGCUUUCAUGGUUUGGGCACAAGUGGAGAGAAGACGACUGGCGGAUGCAAACCCAGAGCUGCACAAUGCCGAGCUCAGUAAAAUUCUGGGACAAGCUUGGAGAUCGCUGAACGGGUCGCAGAAACGACCUUAUGUAGAAGAGGCCGAGCGUUUGCGGCAACAGCAUAUUAAGGAUCACCCUGACUACAAAUAUCGGCCCAGGCGAAGAAAACACCCCAAAAGAGUUUGUAAGAAAAUGACAUCUUCUACACCCCCGAACUGCGCAGUGAUACGCAAUCCGAAAGAAACAACAGCCCAUGUCUCGCACUCUACUUCAGGUGCCGAGUGCGGACAACUCGCGGUCAACCCUGCAGAGGAAAAUUUAAUGAACUUUGGUCAGUCAUCUGCACCAAUUCCGUUUGCAAACGGAGAUUUAAGGCUGACACAUCUCGGCGGCCAUUCUACCUUGCCAAAUUUGUCCGAGAUAAGCCUUCCCACACCAGAGACGAGUCCCGGAUCUGACGAAUUUGGUAGUGAGUUUAACUUCCCAACUUGCUGGCAAGACCUUCAAAGUGCGCCCUCUAGUGUGCAGAUAAAAUCACAUCCCACCUCCCCACCGCCAUAUGUCGGUGUAUCUACUUCAAAUUCAGCGCCUGUGAGCCCGAUCUAUCUCACAAACGGAGGCCUACAGGUACCGAAUUCUGUGCCGAUGAUGCCUGGUAGCGCGAACACUCAACUUCAACCCAAUGACACCAGUGCAAAUCAGAUCUUCUACUUCGCUCAACAUAUCAGGGAGCUGUUACCCGAAGGAGACUUCAACAGGGAGGAAUUCGAUCAGUACCUAGACGGCACAGAAACAGCAAAUAUUAUGUGUGAUGUGGCCUGGUGA